AUGGCCUGCUCUAAGAUAGACGUAGAAGAAAAUAAGCAGUCCAGUUCUAAGCAUCUAAUUGUGGCUGCCAUCGACUUUGGAACAACGUACACAGGAUUUGCUUACUCAUUUAAAAGUGACCCGAAACAAUUUAUGACAAGCAAAUGGACUGGUGAAAAUGUAAGAACAGCUACGGAAAAAGCACCAACAUGUGUUCUACUUUCACCCGACAAAAGUUUCAUUGCCUUUGGAUAUGAAGCAGAGGAAAAGUACAAAGAAUUGCUCGAAGAGGAUAUCGAGAGUGGCGAAACAAGUCAUGCUGAAGAAUAUUUCUAUUUUGAACGGUUUAAGAUGAAGCUUUAUCAGACAAAGAAUCUGAAAUUGGAUACGAAAAUUUCUGAUGUACAGGGGAAAGAGCUCCCAGCUCUUUACGUUUUCACAGUUGUCAUUAACCAUAUUAAAGAGAACGUUUAUGAACAAAUUAAGAAAACGUUUUCCGGAUUCAACGAAGAUAGCGAUAUUCAAUGGAUUUUAACUGUCCCUGCGAUAUGGUCCGAUUCUGCAAAACAGUUCAUGAGGAAAGCCGCGAAUGAGGCUGGACUUGGAAAUGUGAGACUGGUUUUGGAACCAGAGGCUGCAUCUCUUUAUUGCUAUGAAGAAAAUGUAUGCAAAAUAGCAAAAGCUGAUGGAUCAAUUGUCAUAGACAAGUUUCCAGAAGGCAUGAAAUACAUAGUUGCUGAUUUAGGAGGUGGAACAGCUGAUCUUUCUGUUCAUGAAAUUUUAUCGGAUAGAAAUCUUAGAGAAAUCUACAGGGCCGAUGGAGACGCUUUUGGUGGUAUGAUGGUUGAUUUAGAAUUUUUGAAGUUCUUUGAAGAUAUCUUUGGAUCAAAUGUUAUUCGCUUAUUUUCAAAAAGAUAUCACAAUCUUUUGAUGGACAUUCAAUUAGCCUUUGAAACUAAGAAAAGGACAUUUGACUCUGAUUUGACGAAAAUAAGGCUCCCUAUAAGCGAAUUAAAUGAAGUAAUAAAUGAGAUUGAAGGGCAAGACGUGGCAACAAUGAUUGAGAAAGCUUCCAAAAUAAGUGGUUUUGAGUCUCUUAUUUUAAAAUCAGAUAAAUUAUGUUUUGGAAGAUCUAUUAUUGAAGGAUGUUUUGAAAACGCGAUAGAAGGGAUCAUAAAGCUUAUCAAUAAAAUAACAGAAAAUGAUGAACUGGGAGGAAUAAAUAAUUUGCUUUUGGUAGGCGGCUUUUCCGAGUCUGGAUAUGUCCAAAAAAAUAUCGAGAAAAAAAUUAUGGGGGUGAAAGUAAUCAUUCCAUUAGAACCAUCCCUUGCUGUACUUAAAGGAGCUGUAACUGCAGGACACAAUCCAAAAGCUAUUACAGAGCGAAUCGCCAGAUAUACCUACGGGUUUUCAUUUGCAAGGCCAUUUAAAAAUGGCGAAGACCCGGAGGAAUUAAAAGUUGUUCGAAAUGGAAAGGAUUAUUGCACCAGCGUCUUUGAUAAGAAAAUAACGAAAGGUGACGUACUUAAAGUUGGAGAUCAUUUUGGUACACCUUGUGCUCACACUUUGGACAACACGGGCAUCCUUCAAUUUUUAAUGAAAAUGUUUCCUCUUUUUGCUGAUGUCUAUAGGUCCGAUAAGAAAGAUCCAAAAUACACAGGGGAAAAGUACAAAUGCGAACUUGUUGGUAUGGUAAUGAUUCCACCACCACCUUCUGGUUGGCCCUCUUUGUCGAUUCUUAUACAAGAACUUGUGGUUGGGGAGGCAGAGUUUACUGUUCGCGCAAUCAAUCUGAACACCAUGACGUGUACUGAAGGACAACUUGAUUUUCUACAUUCAAUUUCCAGGCACUAA